UGCGUGCGCCGGCGCCGAGCGGCGCGGGGCCGCGGAGCCAUGGGCAAGAGCCGGGCGCGGCGGUUCCGCAGGGCCCCCUUCUCCCCCGCGGGCCCCGAGCUGCGCCGCGACGGGGAGGGCGGCCCCGAGGAAGAGCCGGCCGCGGAGCUGCUGGAGAAGCUGCAGCACCCAAGUGCUGAGGUGAGAGAGUAUGCCUGUGCCAGUAUUUCCAAGCUGUUGCAGCAGAAGCAGGUCAUCCCAGCCUUUCUGCAGAGAGAUGUUGUCCGGUGCUUAGGACCCUUGCUGAUGGAUCACAGCUUAGCUGUCCGCGAGACAGCUGCCGGUGCUCUGCGGAAUCUGAGUGCUUGUGGAGGAUUUGAAGUCUGUGAUGACAUGGUAACAAAGGACAUCAUGACACCCCUUGUUGCACUCCUGAAGGAGUGUAGCACUGGACUAGAUGCUAAUCAGCUCUCUCCAAAGAAACGCAGAGAUAUGGACAAAAAUUAUAUUGAAGACAUAGCCAACGAGGCUAUUAAUUUGCUGUGGAAUGUAUGUGAAUGCAACAAUACUGCAGUAUCCAUAUUCAAUAAAGAAGGAUGUCUGGAGGCUGUGUUACAUUACAUGAAGAAAUUUUCCACAAAUGUGGAUCUGGCUAUUUCAGUUGCAAACUGCUUGCAGGCAGUGACGGAAGAUAAUCCAGAUCUUCUUUCUUCAUUCAAUGCUUCUGCACAUCAAGUAUUGGAAACUGUGAUGUUGUGUCCAGAGAGCACAAUGAAGCAUGUCCUUCUGAGAACACUGAUAGCAGGCACUAUCUGGAACAUCAAGGACACCAUUCCACCAGGCAGCCUGGGAAGCAUGGUUAAUGCAAUUCUGAAGGUUUUUUCAGAAUCAUUAGCAAUAGAUGCUGGUGAAACAAUUAUUCGUAUGAAUGAAGCUGAAAAAAACAGGUUAAAACUCCCUGCGGAGGCAGAAACUGAGGAAAACAUGAGUGAUGUUAUAGACAACUGUGCUUGGAGUGAAGAUGACAUGGAAGAAACACCAAAAGGAAAAGUCAGAAGAGAAAAUGACGUUUCAGACCUCCUUCCAUCUGAUAAGUGGGAACUGAAAGAAGUGACAGCUUUACUGAUGGCUCAGCAGACUGCUCUGGAAAUCAUUGUCAAUAUGUGCUGCAGUGAAGAUCCCUCUGAUGAGGAAUGGGAAGAACUCUCCAGCAGUGAUGAAAGUGACUUGUUUAUGGAAAACUCAUACAAUGAGGGGAAUGGGCUGCUAAUGUCACCUCUGUGCCUCUCUGAUGAGGUCAACUCAGCAUUUCUGAACAACCUCAUUCCAAAGAAGAUUCUUGAAAAAACUGCUUUUCCGAACAGUGUUGCUCUAGACAUCUGUAUGCACAAUCCAUCUUGGAAACCAUUAAUCAAAAAACUGAAUGCAGUGCAGUGUAGAGCUUUAACAUGUCUUCAUAGCAUUUUGUUAGUGUCAGACGUGGAUUGUCUUGGAGGAGCUUCAGCACUUCAGUCUCUUGCACAGCAUCUCUCACAGCUGAUCUUUUCUAAAACAGAACUCCUUACAGACACGGAAUUCCUGGAAGCCAUAACCAGUGCUUUAAGGGCUCUUCUACAAACAAUGGCAUCAAAGAACAUCUCCCAGUGUAUGACUCCUGAGCAGCUGUUGGCUUUAUGUGAAGCUGGUAUUCACAGCAGUAAUGCCAGUGUCAGAGUGAACGUAGUGAGCAUCCUUGGCAUUUCUGGCAGUGUCCUGGCAAAAGGACAAGAUACAGCUGAAACACUAAAGAUGAUUGGAAAAUUUCUUCUUGAGGUUGCUAUGAAGGAAUCUUCUCUUGUGGUAGCAGGGGAAGCCUUGGAUGCACUUUUUGAUGUAUUUGCAGAUGGUCAAGAAGCAGAAAAGGCAGCGGUACAGAUCAAGUUGCUUCCAGCACUGAAAGAAUUUCAGCCAGUGUUCAAAAUGAGGGUACGAAAAGAAGGAAAAGGCCACUAUAGUACAGAUCAGCUGUGUGUUCUUGACAACGUGAAGAUGAAUUUGAGAAGAUUCAUUGCAUAUCAGGAGACACUAGGGAAAACCCCAACCUGAACCAUCGAGGAACUUUAAAUUAAGGUUUUCCUUACUGACUAAUGUUUUCCAAAAAUAUAACUGUUUUGAACUUCUAAAAUUUCUUGAGCAGAGCAGUUUUGCUUUCAUGUUAAUACUGCAUUUUUUAUGUUCAGUAUUUUUAUACUUCUGGAUUGAUGCAAUAUGAAAGUCACAAUAGCAUAAAAAACCAGAAUGUACUUUGAGGUUAAGUGUUAGCAGUGAUAAGAAUGUGCUCUAACAGCCCUGAGGUCUGUAUGUAGCACCACUGUUGCUGUUUAGAAAUCCUCACCUAUCCUGGUGGAGAACUAUCAUUGCAUGAAAAAAUAAUUUAGAGAAUAUUCUCAGUUAUGUGCCAGAUCAAGACAAAAGUUUAAAAGCUCAAGAUAUUUUUCAGGGAAUUGAGCAGUGACUGAAUGUUCAUAUUUGCUAUUUACUCUUAUUUCUAGAACUGCACAGGCACUUAUGGUGAGCUACCCAAGAAAAGUGUGUGACAAAUAUACAGAUGUCUGUUAGCACUUGGAUCUGUUACUUCAUGAGGUUUAUCAAAAACUGUUUCAGAUUCAUUUAUGAUAAGUUCAGUAUGAUUGCUUUUUUCCUGUGGAAAUCAGUGUAAGAGGAUCCUACCCUUAUAUGCAGCUCCCUGAUUUUACUUUAUUUUUAUUGGUAUUUCUGAAAAUCAAGUCUCCUGGUUUACUUUCUUCCUUGUAGUUCUACAUCAGGAUGAAUUUGAAUUCAGGGAAGUAGUAAACCUAGUAAGUAUUUUUUUGUACUGAGGUAUUAUCGAAAGUAACUUUAUAAUGGCUUAAAAAUAGCUUUUUCAAAUAUUUGUGAUACUUGAAGCUGUAAAAUACAGAAGCUAUUUAAAAAAAAAUGUCACGGAUUCAUGAAGAUUGAAAGCUCUGGGUUUGUUUCUGUGAAUGCAAACCCUUUCAUACACCUUUUUUAAGGAAAAAAAACCCACAACCAAACACAAUCAUUUUGUUAUGCCGAUUUUUUAAAUGGGAGGUUUUCUCCCCCUCUUCUCUUAAGAUGCUGCCUUAGCAGAGACAUCCAGGUUUUGGCAAAAUCUUGCCCACGGUAUUAGACAUGGAACUACAAAGACCAAAUUUGCUCAGUUUGUUAGAUUUCAGUCUCUUGGAUUGGAAAUAAGGCUCAGGAACUGACUGGUUUACUUGUGAAUGACUGACUUGAGGAAUUCCUGACUUGUGGUAUUUUGUGAAGUGCAAGAAAAAGUGAAAAAUGAGUUUAAGCAGCUAUGCUGCCUGGAAGUUCUGUAGUUGUUACUACAUUGCAGAAGCUGGAUAAACUGUGUGAUGUGAUGCCUGCUAGUCAGAUGAGUGAGAGUGUGGGAUCAGGAGGGCUCAAGGGCCAUUGAGCCUGGCCUGGGGCAGUUCUGAGGAGCAUGGAGCAGUUGAAACAUUAUCCUGGGAUUUGGCAGGGGCUGGCAGCAAAGAGGGCUGGAGUGGGACAGCUGAGGAAAGAGUAGCUAGAUGGAUUAUGGUGUAAGACUGCACAGUGCAUGGAUUUUAAUCCUGAUGUUAUAUUUGCUGUACACUGCAGAUAGUAAAAUAUUAUCCUGAUAAAAGGCUUUAAUAUUUGUUUGUAGCACUUAAAAGAACUUUCACACGGGAAGUUCUGCUCUGAUUUUCUGGGUGUUACACUGAGCUGGGGGAUGAUCUAUGUUGGAAAGCAUCCUCUGCUCAAAGCAAGUCUUACUUUGGUGUCAUGUAAAUUGUGCUAGGCCUUGAGCAUCUCCAAGAGUGCAAAUCUGGAAGUCCCACAACUCUGAGCAGCCUUUUCCAGUGCUUAUCUGCCCUGACUGUGAACACUUUUUUUUUUUUUCUUUUUCCCUUGUAUCUAGUAGGACUUCCCCCUGCUGCAAAAUGUGCCCUUGUCCUUUGACUGCACAUCAGCAAGAAGAGUCUGUCUCACCUCCUCUUAUAACCUAAAUUUACUAGUUGAAAACAACAAUUACAUUCCCCUCUUCUCCAGGCUCAAUAAAACCAGCUCCUUCACCCUGUCCUUGUGCAUCAUGUGCUGCAGCCCUGUAACCAUCCUGAUGGCCUUCUGCUUGACCUGCCCUACUGUGUCUUAUACUGGGGUGUCCAAAACUGGACAUGGUGUAUUCCAGCUGUCAUCUCAUGAGCGCAGAAUGGAGGGAAGUAAUCGGCUUUCUUGGCCUGCUGGCCAUGCUCCUGCUAGUGCAGCUCGUUUUUUGUUGGCCUUCUUCACCUGAAGGGUGUACUGCUGACUUCUCUUCAACUUGUUAUCCACCAGGACCCUGAGGUCCUUCUCUGCAGAGCUGCUCUAUGCAGUCUAGAGCUUGCUCCACUUUAUGGGAUUACUCUGUCCCAUGUGUAGGACUUUGCAUUUUGUAUCAAUUGUAGCAGUCAGAAUCUGGUUCCUGGGGACUGUUAGAGCAAUGAAGUAUGUUGGUUUGUGUUUAGGGAUUAAUUUCUUUAGGUUACUAAUGAGAAGGAGCACUACAUCUUCAAAUAAGAAUCUGAAAAUUGCAGGUAAAUAUAUAGAAGGACAUCCACUAGAAAAUCUGUUUUUCUCGAUAUAAUCUAUCAGACCCUGUUUUUUUCCUUCAAGUGGAAGACUGACUGUCAUUUAGAUCUUAAAGUAUUCCAGCAGUAGAAAUGCAUGGAUGUUCUUUUUUUCCUAUGCACUAACUAGUUGAAUGUCUUAAAAAAAUCAUUAGUGUCAUAGUAAGACAGGUGCAUAGUAUGAAACAUCACUUGUGGAAGUAUAUGGGGUUUAGUGCUUACAGUAACUGCUGCUACCUUCUGGUACAGACCAUUCCUAGCUAAUAGCUGGAAGAGAAAUAAGGACGUGCAAAGACAUUUUGGUUUCUUGGGAGUUUAUACUGAAAGAGGAGACUGGAACACUUCAGUGGGACUGUUUGGCUGAGGGCAUGAAGCACUGACAAGCCUGUGACUGUCCCCAGCUCAGCAGAUAUGUGUGAGGUGAUAGAGAGGUAAGCUGUGGCUCCUGGGAGGUGUUUUUGUUGUUUUGUUAACCUCAUUGCUAAUAUUAAUGAAGCGUUUAUUUGUGAUUUCCUAACAUCACAUCUUCUAACAUCUUUGCCAAAUCAAUGGCCCUUGCCAGCAGCCCAUUGCAAAAUGAAACCUUUUCUUUUCCUUUGGCAUUUCUAUGAUGUUACAGUUAGCUAAUACUAACUGGCCAUCUGUGUAUUUUAAUGGCCAUACUUUUAUUUCACUCAAUGAGAAAAUCUUACUCUAUCACUUGCCUAGACACAGGUUUAGUGCAACUUGGUCUCGGUGUGGCUGCAUGACAGGUAGUAAUUUUAUAUUUUAGAGAGCACGUUCUACUUGUAAGAGGCAAGACAGAAGUUCCUAGGAAAAGCAUGGAAAACUUUUGAAGACUUUUUUCUAUGGAAGACAAGGCAAGUUAUCAGUGAUUUAAAGCAGUGUUACAUCAGGGCCUAAUACCAGAUGAGAUUUAUAAGUACAGAAGAGCUAAGCUGUAAGAUUGUAACUAUAAAAGUUGUUCUGACACAGUUAAGGAAUUUUAAGGCAGCAGCAGAAGUGAUGACGUUGUGCAGAUUAAAUGUUUUGGGGACUCUUUUGGCACUGGUUAACUUCAGUUUAGAGUAAGCUUGAGGCAAAGACAAGAUCCUUGACAACCCACGAAGGCCAAGUCAUAUCUUGAAGAUACUUGGAGAGUGGCAGAAAUUGGGCUGAUCUAGACAACAUGCAGCAUAAGUAAAGAGAUUUUAAAUAGAUGUGAUUUUAAUCAGCGUAAUCACACAGAUAAGACUGGUGUUAAAACAGGUAUCUGAAACUGAAUUUCUUUACUUAAUACUGGUCCCUAAGGCAUCAUCUGUCUGUCCUUCAGUUAAAAAACUGCAAUCCUUCGAAAGCGUGGAUGGCUUCUUUGUUUGUCUCCCUGUCUGACACCUAGAACAACAAAAUCUGUCUCCAGAUUGACAUUUUAUACCAAAAUAGCUGCUGAGUUUAAGUUGGUCUGUGGUAUUGAGUAAAGAAGGCUGUGUGCUCCCUGCCCUGGUCAGGAGCAGUAGGACUGGUGGCAUUUGCUGCUGCUUCGGCCUCUGCAGCCUGCAAAAUGUGGAAUCACCAGCUGUGUAGAUAAGAAGUUAUCAUCUCUGUGUGGUUUUAUUUUUGCUCUCUGUGAAAAGAAACAAGUGGCAAGAUUUAAAUAAGCAUUUUUGUGAAGUACUUUUCAUACAUCGUGCCUUGACAUUCAGGAGAUGGCUGUAUGCCACCUUACAGCCAAUAGCUUAGCUGCUUGGAGUCUGUGGUGUCUGCUGAUAGUGGGUUUUUUGUACAGUAUGUUUUUUUUAAAGAUUGUCGCCUUAGAGAAACACAAAUACCUCUUACCAGUACUACUUGGCUUGGCUUUACAUUUGUAUUUUGAGAGAAAAUAUUUUUAAAAAGAGAGCACAGUAAGAUGACAAAAAGAGAACUGUGACAGAGAACAAGUUAAUUUAAAAUCUGUUUGUAGUUUAAGUAUUACAAAUGAAAUGGAUAUCUUGUGGAGUAUUAACAUCAACCAACCAACUAAAAAUGUGCAUAAACCCCAGUUUUGUUUCCGUACUAAUUUUCAGUAAAAGCAUUUCCAGAGGCUUGGAUAGAAAUGUCUAGGCUUACACUUACUGUUGCAAAUUCAAAUUCAGGCAGUGGUAGUGGUUAUUAAAAAUAACGUAAUUGUUCCUUUCUGGCAGAGAUGAAUUGAGCAAACAAUCUCAAUACAGUUUGUGCUGGACAUUGUUAAGACAUAUAGUAUUAGUGUAACUGGCAAAAACUGAGAACUCUUGACAGUCACAGCAGAUUAAGGAAUUUGAACUUUUUCUACAAGAGCUGAAACAUGGUGAGCCUUUCUGUUUGAAGAAUUUUUUACUUGAGUGCUGGGGGUUUGGGUCUAAUUUCCAAAUAAAUUCAAACAGUUAACUGUUGUACCUUCCAGGAAAACUAGUAUGCAUUUAGGUCACUUGAAUCUCCUUUUGUGUCUGCAUUAUUUUCCCAAGUUAUUUGUUUCUGUGAGAGGCAUUUUGUCAAACUUAAUCCAAUGACCACAUAAAAACAUAGGUUGAGACUUGCACUCCAAGGAUAUGGUAAGAUGUUUUUUUUUUUCCUUUCAGAUCUGGGUUUCAGGAACCCCUUGAGUUACUGUCACAUCAAGGGCUUAAAUCAAAGUGCUUGUGAACUGGAAUAAGAUACUACUGUAGAAAUCUGUACUCUGUAAGAAUGAUUGUGGCUGCUACUUGCUCUCCACACAGCAGAGGGUCCUGGUGCAGCCCUGGGCUUGUGAGGCACUCCCAGAAAUACCUGUACCACUUUUCAAGAUGCAUUGGGAUUUCAGUGUGCCUUCUCCUGGUUUUGUGUGUUCCUUUUUGGACAAAGAAAUCCUUGCGAGUAUUCUUUAUUUUCUUCCUCCUCUGACAAGAUGAUGUUUUGUUUUUGAGCUUUUAAGGAAAAUUGCAUUGGCCUCUUCCCUCCUCCCUGCCCCAUUAGAGGAGAGUAAAAGGCACUUAGAGAACUUAACUGAAGAAUGGCUGACUCGGCUGAAAACAAAUGAUAUUUCUAAACUUCUUCUGAAAAGUUAUCUUUCUUAUUAAAUAAAAGAAUUAAAAGUUCAAAA